AUGUCUGGAAGCUGCACAGCACUCCCAGGCACUUCAUUCAACUCCAAGUUCCUCAAAGCACUCUACAAAUCUCUGCAAACUGAACCUAGCUACUCUACUGCUUAUCACCCACAAUCUGAUGGACAGACUGAGAUCAGGAACCAAUGGCUAGAGGCUUAUUUGUGCCCUUUCAUCCAUCACAGACUGUCUGAUUGGGUUGAUUGGCUCCCACUGGCAGAAUUUGCUCACAACAAUGCCAGAAGUGAAGCAACAGCCAAACUGCCAAUUGAGAUUGUGUAUGGCUGCUCUCCUGUCAUUUCACUGGUUUUUGUCAUGAGCCUCACCUCCUGA